AUGGGCGAUGUCAGGGAGGUCGCGGCCGAGGCUCCGCCGGCGGGGGCCGCCGCCCCGGGGAGGCUCAGCCUCCUGCCCCGCGGCGAGUCCGAGGAGCCUUCCGCACAGGGGUCCGCAUUAUUCCUUGGAGGCAGUGAGGUGAAGAGCCGAGCAGUGGUGAAGUACUCCUCGGCCCCGCCCCGCACAGCAUUUGCCCGCCUCGAAGAGAAGACCGACUUGAAGCUCCCACCUGCCAACUGGCUGCGGGAGAGUGCCAAACUGGGGCCAGCGGGCACCACCAUUCUUGGCAAUAGUAAGAAGAGCAAGCCAUUUUCAAGUUUCGGUAUGGCCUACGACUUUAUUGAUUCGGUGGGAAAUGACGUGGAUGUGGUCUCUGACUCUGAAAACAUAAAAAAGCUCCUGAAGAUUCCUUACAGCAAGUCUCACGUGAGCAUGGCUGUGCACCGUGUAGGACGCACGCUCCUCCUGGACGAGCUCGAUAUCCAGGAGCUGUUCAUGCGCUCGUCCCAGACUGGGGAUUGGACAUGGUUGAAAGAGUUCUAUCAAAGGCUCAUUGACCAGAAGUGGCAGAGGAAGAAGAAGAGCAAAGAGCACUGGUAUCAGAAGGCCAUCCUGUCCAAGUUCCUGUAUCACAGCAUAAAUGGCGAUGGAGCAGCUCAGCCUGUCCCUGCGGCUGCAGAGCAGCAGGAGACGUCCAGUCCAGACCAGACCAGUGAUUCCGAGGGGGCUUCGUGGCCGGCCCCGUUUGAGAUGCCUGCCUCUGUGUCCGAAGACCCUGGUGUUUCCACGCAGGACAGUGAGCCUUUUGAGCCCUCAUACAUAGUGGGGCAUGUGGCCUCUGCACCCAAAGAACAAAACCUGGCUACUCUGUUCAAUGACGGGGAGAACAGUCAGGGUCUUAAGAAUGACUUUGUUCGGAAUAUUUUGUGGACAUUUGAAGACAUACAUAUGCUGGUUGGCUCCAACAUGCCCAUAUUUGGAGGAGGCAGGUAUCCUGCAGUCAGCUUACGCCUCAGGGAUAACAACAAACCAAUUAAUGUGUUAACUGGAAUUGACUAUUGGUUGGACAACUUGAUAUGCAAUGUUCCAGAGCUGGUGAUGUGUUUUCACGUAAAUGGCAUUGUGCAGAAGUAUGAAAUGAUAAAAACAGAAGAAAUCCCCAAUUUGGAAAACUCUAAUUUUUCUACAAAAGUCAUAAAGGAUAUCGCCCAGAAUAUUCUGUCAUUUCUGAAGUCGAAUUGCACCAAAGAAGGCCAUACCUAUUGGCUGUUUAAAGCCAGUGGCAGCGAUAUUGUGAAGCUCUAUGACCUGACCACUCUCUGUGAAGAAACGGAGGACAAGUACCAGAACCCGUUCACGAUGCCUGUGGCCAUCCUGCUGUACAAGGUUGCUUGCAACAUGAUGGUGAAGAAGAAUCAAAAUAAGAAGCAUUAUGGGACGAUCAGGACCCUGCUCCUUAACUGUGUUAAACUGUUGGACAAGAGCAGGCACCCGCAGAUUAUUGCUUCAGCCAAUUACAUGCUUUCAGAACUUUUUCAAUUGGAUGAACCUAAAAGAGAAGACAGUUCGGAGUCUCCUCUCAAUGAGAACUCGGAUGAAAGUUACAGUGAAGAGGAUGAGGAGGAGAUGCCGGACAGUGAUGAGAACGGGUCCUACGGCGCCAGCGCUGAGCCCUCGGAGGACAGCAAGGCUGUGGCCAUAAUCAAGUCUGUCGGGGAGCUCUCGGUGCCUGAGAAGUACAAGUCCAUCCAUCAGAUCAGACCCAGCUGUGCGUUUCCAGUUUGCCAUGACACGGAGGAGCGCUGUAGACUGGUUCUCAGCUACGUCCUGGAGGGCUUGAAAUCUGUGGACAGCAGCAUCAAAAAAGAAAGUGAUCUUCCCGCAGCUGACCCCAACACACCAAUUCCCCUGAAAUACGAAGAUGAGUCCUCACACGGAGGCCCUGAGGGCCUGGAGAAGCAGAUGGCCUUGUUCCUGGACAAAAUGGGCUCCCUGCAGAAGGGGAACUGCUCCAGUCAGUCUGGAAUGAUCCCUGGCUCUUGGCAACAUAAGAUGAAACUUCAGCUGAUUCUCAAGUCCUCCAAGGCCUACUACGUUUUGUCUGAUGCAGCUAUGAGUCUGCAAAAGUACGGGAGGGCGCUGCGGUACAUCAAGCUGGCCUUGCAGAGCCACGACACGUACUGCUGCCUCUGCACCAACAUGCUGUCGGAAGUGCUGCUCUUCCUGUCGCAGUACCUGACCCUCUGCGGGGACAUCCAGCUGAUGCUGGCCCAGAACGCCAACAACAGAGCCGCUCACCUGGAAGAGUUUCAUUAUCAGACCAAGGAAGACCAGGAGAUCCUGCACAGUCUCCACCGAGAGUCCACCUGCCAAGGAUUUGCAUGGGCGACCGACUUAUCUACCGACUUAGAAAGUCAGCUCUCGGUGAGCUGUAAAUGUUACGAAGCUGCUAAUGAAAUCUUACAGUUCAGUGACCUGAAAAGCCAGAAUCCAGAACACUAUGUCCAAGUCCUGAAGAGAAUGGGGAACAUUCGGAAUGAAAUCGGCGUGUUCUACAUGAAUCAGGCGGCUGCACUGCAGAGCGAACGGGCAGUGAGCAAAAGUGUGUCUGCCGCAGAGCAACAGUUGUGGAAAAAAAGCUUUUCUUGUUUUGAAAAGGGAAUUCACAACUUUGAGUCCAUUGAUGACGCUACAAACGCUGCCCUUUUGCUGUGCAACACUGGGAGGCUCAUGCGGAUUUGUGCACAGGCCCACUGUGGGGCCGGCGAUGAGUUUAAACGGGAAUUCUCACCGGAAGAAGGCCUGUAUUAUAAUAAGGCUGUUGACUACUAUCUGAAAGCUCUCAGGUCCCUGGGGGCACGGGAGAGGCACCCCGCGGUCUGGGACUCGGUGAACUGGGAGCUGUCCACCACGUACUUCACCAUGGCCACCCUGCUGCAGGACUACGCACCCUUGUCAAGAAAGGCUCAGGAGCAGAUCGAAAAAGAAGUGAGUGAGGCCAUGAUGAAGUCCCUGAAGUACUGCGAUGUGGACUCGGCAUCUGCACGCCAGCCCCUCUGCCAGUACCGGGCAGCGACCAUCCAUCACAGGCUGGCCUCCAUGUACCACAGCUGCCUGCGGAACCAGGUGGGGGACGAGCUCCUGAGGAAGCAGCACCGGGUGCUGGCCGACUUACACUACAGCAAGGCUGUGAAGCUCUUCCAGCUGCUCAGGGACGCGCCGUGCGAGCUGCUCCGAGUCCAGUUAGAAAGAGUCGCUUUUGCAGAGUUCCAGAUGACCAGUCAGAACAGCAAUGUUGGAAAAUUGAAAACCCUCUCCGGAGCUCUCGAUAUCAUGGUGAGAACUAAGCACGCCUUCCAUCUCAUCCGGAAGGAGCUCACGGAGGAGCCUGACCAGCCUAAGAGUGAGGAGACUGACUCAUCUGCCGACUCCUCUCCUAAUCUUAAUCGAGAAGAAGUGAUGAAACUCCUGAGCAUAUUUGAAUCCCGGUUGUCAUUUCUUCUUCUCCAGUCCAUCAAACUACUCUCUUCAACGAAAAAGAAAACAAGCAGUAACCUUGAAGAUGAUGGAGUCCUCAAAACCAACAAGCAGGUCUACUCCCAGCUCCUGAGAGCGACUGCACACCGGAAUGCCACUCUCCUGGAAAGAAUCGACGUCGUCAUGCCCCUGCUGGACCAGCUGGCCCGUGGGGGUGCUGGCCCGUGA